CCACGUAGCAGUAACGGCGAAGACAGGACCAACCAAACCAAACGCCACGCCUCCGCUUUUGAAAGCAAUCCAUGCCGUUACGAGUUGCAAGUUGCAACACCCGUCACUCAAAAUCCUCGUGGCCUUCAAGAGUGAAACGGCGCCGUUUCUGGCAAGUGAUUUUGUUGCUGUGUGUCAUCAGCUUUUAGAUCACCUGGGAAGAAAACCAAAACCGGAAAAGGGUGUUGUUGCUGCCAACUUCACGUUUUAAUUCUCCAAAUUAAAGCCCCAUUUCCUGAAUCGACGAGUUUCUCGUGACCCUCCUCUCGUCAUCAUCGUCUUCCUGUGCCCUAAUCGAUUCUCUCGUCGUGGGUGCUGAUCGUAUUGGGCUGUGAAAUACUGUCAUCGACUGUCAUCAAUCAUUCAUAAACCAAAAAUAAGAAAUCCUUUCUUGUGUGCCAGAUAAACUAGUUUUUCUUUUUCAUUUUCCGAUGACGUAUUACGAUAAUGAUGGUGGUCGGAGAGAGGAGGUGGUGCUGGAUGUUGCCUACACAAUCCGACCCGAUGAUGGUAAUGGGGACUAUGCGAAAUUGAGGGCCGGUCCCGACGACGUUUCUCCACUGGGUGCGGCAGUGGAGCCUUCUGUGCCGACGAUAAGAGCCACCGUGUUGUAUUGGGUGAAAUUGGUUUUGUUGUUUUUAUGCCUGGGGUUUUUGGCUGUCGUUGCUCUCGUCUGGAUUGGACCCUAUUGCAUGGACAAGGGGGUUAUUCCGAUAAUAAAUUGGGAGACAGAGACUUUCAGUACUCCAAUAUUAACUGUUUUGGUGUUUGCCUCCGUAGCAAUAUUCCCAACCUUACUCUUGCCGUCUACACCUUCCAUGUGGGUGGCUGGAAUGACUUUUGGUUAUGGCUUUGGGUUCUUGCUAAUUAUAUCUGCAGCAGCUAUUGGUGUAUCACUCCCUUUUAUCAUUGGCAAAACCUUCCACCAUAAAAUUGAGGGGUGGUUGGAGAAGUAUCCAAAGAAGGCUUCUAUUCUAAGGUCUGCUGGUGGAGGGAACUGGUUUCAUCAGUUCCGGGCUGUUGCCUUAAUCAGAAUUUCCCCAUUCCCAUACUUAAUCUUCAACUAUUGUGCUGUGGCAACAAAUGUUAAGUAUGGGCCUUAUAUAGUUGGAUCCUUGGUAGGAAUGGUGCCGGAAAUAUUUGUUGCAAUCUACACUGGAAUUUUGAUUCGUACAUUGGCUGAUGCUUCACAUGAAAAACAUUCUCUAUCUGCCCCACAAAUUAUUCUGAAUGUUGCCGGCUUCUGCAUAACUGUAGCGACAACCAUCUUUAUCACAGCUUUUGCCAGGAGACGGCUUGAUGAGUUACAGAAGGAGGAGGAGACAUUGCUACAAUAGUUGUCCACAACUUUUGGUCUGGUUUGUUUGUUUCCUUAUAUGAAGCAGUUCCUACCAUAAAUCUAGGAAGGGAGAGGCUUUAUAAGGAGACAUUAUCCAUUGGAAGAGUUGACCGUCAAAUGUAUUAUAUAACUAGUGGGGAAGGGUUGACCAACAGGCUGACAUGACCAACACCUCUUUUAGCGUUCCAUUUUCAUUCCGUGUUCCUUAUACGGUCUACAGAAAUUUUCUUUGUUAGUUCUUCUACCUCAUUUAUCAUUUUGUAUACCACUCCAAUUCCCGAUUUAUAAAUCAUUUAUUUGAAUUCGCUCUAAA